UUUUUAACGCUUCAUAUCACUUCAGGCUGUUCUCAGAUAAUAGAGACUAUUGUAAGCACCAUGUGGAGAGGUCAGCUGGCAGUCACUGAAGAAGGAACAGGGAGUUCCAUGGUUCUCCCUGAAUGUGUUGUGCAGUGCAUUAGUGGCCAGCCUGCAUUGGGAGCAGAUCCUAAACAGAUUAGUGGCCGCUUAGCUCGAGCUGGUCGACCUGUACAUGAAUUGGAUGAAGAAACAAGAAGAGAGCUGGAAGCAGCAGCCAGUGAGGAACUACUAAGAUGUUUAUUGCUGAUGCCAGCACAUCCUGCUAAGUUGCCAGAAAAUACAUUACCUGUCUUGCCAGAGACCAGCAUCAGCACCACACAGUGGCCAGAAUAUGUAGCUUUAGCUGAAGCAGAAAUAGAGGCAGAGAGAUGUCUGCAAGCCAAGCAUCAAGCUGGUGAUUUGUUAGGAGGUCUGGCCCCACCACCUCCUCCAGAUGCCAUACUUACACUUGAAGCUGCACAGCUGACGAAGCUCUUCACCAAAAGUGGGCAGCCUUCUGAAAGAGUUCGGCAAAGAAUGACCAAACAUGUAUCCUGUGGCCCAUACCCUUUCAAAAGCAAGCUGUCUCUGCAAGAAGUGAAGGGUUUGCUUUGGCCAGAAGCUCUCUACGCACGACACCAUGGCAUUUAUUACAAUGUAGACGAGCGACAUGAAAAGUUCGCCGAGCAUUGCAACCAGGUUAGGGCUCGAUAUAUCAGACAAGAGACUGCAUCUACUUGUACAGUCUUCCAAGACAAAGAAGUUGCCUAUGUCACUGUAUCAUCCCACAAGCUUGCCAGUAAAGAUAAAGACCAGAAAGCCACAAAAUCUACCAAGGAGGACCAAGGUAGAACUGGGAAGAGAUACAGUGCAAGACUAAAUGAUGCAGACAAUGCAAGUCUAAAGAGUGACCACAGCUCAAGGCAGCCGGGGCAAGUCCUGAGAAGGUCUCCUCGCAAGCACCCAAAGCAGUCAGAAAACAUGUCAAAGAGGUCUCCUCGCAAAUCAGGUGACGGAAGUAGGAAAUCUGCAGGUCUAGGCAAUCUUAUGAAGCCCUCAGACCUGUUGCAACCUUCAGCUGCUCGAGGGCCUCUCAGGAGUGCCAAUCCACAUAGCAAGAGGUAUCCCAAACCAGCUGAUCUCAGUGAUUUGCAUAAACAGAAACUCCGAAUGGCAGUAGUGGAGGCUCUCGACCAAGAGGGAAUAAAAAUGAAGGAUCCUCUUUUUAAGGUGUGCUUUAAGAAGCUCUUCACUGUCUGCCGACCCUUUGCCCUUGAUGUCAUCGGCCAGGGGUCAACCAGUCGCAAUAUGGAGAAAAUAGCCAAGUCUCAUGUCAAGCAGGUCAUUGAGUUUGAGAGAUUUAAGACCAAGAAGAGAUAAAAAUAUACUCAACUAUUUACCAGUGCUUGUAAUUUCUUCUUUUUUUUUUUCGAUUUUGUCAAUCAUAAUAUCCUUGUAUAGGUCAUCCAAAGAAUUCAGCAUGAUCACAAGCUCAGUUACUUUUGUCUGUGUACAUCCAAAAUAAAAUAUAUAUUUUGUACAGUAAUCAGAAUAUAUAUACAUAUUUUCUACUCCUUUCCAUACUUUUACAUUUGUGUUAGGUAAUGUGUAUAAAUGUAAAUGUAAUUUUCUAAUAAAAUCAACUA